CGAGCGGGGGGAGGCGGCCCCGGCGGGAGCGGCCGGCCCUGGUCAGCCGGCGGGGAGCAGCCCCGGGAGCUUCGGGGAGGCACCGAGCCGCCGCGGGGAUGAAGGACCGGCUGGCGGACCUGGCAGAGUACAAAGGAAAUGAAGAUGGGGAGACAGUUAUUGUUGAAAAAGACCAUUUUAUGGAUGACUUUUUCCAACAGGUUGAGGAACUUAGAAAUAAUAUAGCAAAAAUAGCACAAAAUGUGGAAGAAGUAAAGAAACAGCACAGCAUUAUCCUGUCAGCACCAAAUCCUGAAGGAAGAACAAAGGAAGAACUUGAAGAAUUAAAUGAGGAAAUAAAGAAGAUUGCUAAUAAAAUCCGAGCCAGGUUAAAGGCUAUUGAACAAAGUUUUGAUCAGGGUGAAAAUGUUAAUCGAACAUCAGUGGACCUCAGGAUAAGGAAAACACAGCACUCUGUGCUAGCUCACAAGUUUGUGGAGGUCAUGACGGAAUACAACGAGACCCAAACCCUGUUCCGAGAGCGCAGCAAAGGUCGGAUACAGAGACAAUUAGAGAUAACUGGAAAGACCACCACUGAUGAGGAACUGGAAGAAAUGUUAGAGACUGGUAAUCCUUCAAUUUUCACUUCUGAUAUUAUAUCAGACUCUCAAAUAACUAGGCAAGCUCUGAAUGAAAUUGAGUCACGUCACAAGGAUAUUAUGAAACUGGAAUCCAGCAUACGGGAACUGCAUGAGAUGUUUAUGGACAUGGCAAUGUUUGUUGAGACUCAGGGUGAAAUGAUCAACAACAUAGAAAAGAAUGUGAUGAAUGCAUCAGAUUAUGUGGAACAUGCAAAAGAAGAGACAAAAAAGGCAGUUCAAUAUCAAAGUAAAGCACGAAGGAAAAUGUGGAUAAUAAUCACUGUGUCAGUUGUGUUGAUUGCCAUAAUUGGCCUAAUUAUUGGCUUGUCUGUUGGUAUUCGGUGAUGCUUGGAUAACUUCAGCAUGCAUGACUUCCUGCCAGUGUGGCAAAACUGAUGUUCAUAAUUAUUUGUGUAACUGUAUUGCUUCUGAUACUUGGAAUUAUCCUAGCAACAACACUAUCAUAGCAAGCACAUUCCGAGAGUGGUGAACCUUCAGAAACUCCGAAAUACAUCUUCAGUAAAACCAAACUUUUUUUAAUAAAUGACACCUUACACUGUUUCAUGAUGAUGACCUGGCACUAAUGGUUAAAAAUGAAAAGAAAAUCACUCUUAAUGUUUACUCGUAAAUGAAGAUCAGAAUGUAUUAGGAAAUGUAUGAAUUUUUGUCAUAUACUAUGCAUUUUUAAGACUGAAACCUGCUCUUAAUUAUUUUGAACUAAAGUAACAGGAUUUUUUUAAUAUCUCAGUGUUAUAGUUUAAAUAGGGAGUUUGAGAGAUGGAGUUUUGACUGUUAGGCUAAUUUUCCCUAUUGCUAAUAUAUUCUAAUCCCAAGUUUUAGUGCCUUGCCAGUGCUGCUUUUUUUAUCACUCCUGUGAACAUUUUAAUGAAAUGUAGCUUGUCUUUAAACGUAUUACUUAUUUAAUCACCUUAACCUAUCUACGCUUUAUACUUUUUUUCCUCCAACAAGUGCUAAAAUAUUUUAUUCUGAAAAGACUACUUAACUGUCUGCCUGUUGCAUCACACUUGAGAAGGAAAAAAAACAAACCAUGUUUUUUUUUACACUUUCCAGGUUUUUUUCCUUCCCUGUGAUUAAGGUUGAUGGCUUUAAAUAUUUCCUUGACUUUAUAAUAAAAAGUUAGCUGCAACAUUUGUGAUAAAAGAAUGCAGUAAUGAAGCAUACCAAAUUUGAACUUAAGCAGAUAAUUUUACAAAUAAUUACCAAUGGAUCAGUUUAGCCUUAUUGUUUAUAUGAACAUGACAAAAAGUCACAUUUUAUAAAGCCAAGUCAAGAUUUCUUAUUCAGAAGCUUGCUAAUGUUGAUGUAUGAAUAUAGCACAUAGGGAUAAACUCCUGCAGACAAGACUGAAACUAAUACAAACUAAGACACUGAUUUGUUAUUAAAUUAUGUUAUAUAACAUAUAUGAGGUGUUUUAGUGUAUACAUACUUGUUGUAAUGCUAGCUUGCAGGACUUGAAAGCUUGAAAGACUUCAAAUGUAACCAAAUAACUGCAUUUAAUGUUACAGGUUAUUUUUGUAUUUUGUGUGUAAAAUAUUUGUAACUUGAAUUUUUGACUUCUCAUUGUUCAAGGAUAUCCAUGUAGAUAAUGUAGAUAUAUUUACACAGUAAGAGAACUGGGGGAGAGGAUAAUUUGUGCCUUCUUCAACGUAGUCUAAAACUACACUUGUCAAUGUUUCCAAAUAUUCAACUAUAAUGUUAACUGCAGUAACUUGGUCCUAAAAUGUUAGAAUACUUAGGUUUUGUUCAAGUGUCUGAGAUCAAAGUUGCUCAGUAAACUGCAAUUCACUCUGUUGACUUAAUGAAAUUCAGCAAAGUUUACAAUUUAUAUUGUAUGUAUGAAUAUUCCUGCUUUGCUGUCCAAAUAUGCUGUGAAUGUGCUGGAGCUAUUCAGAUGUCAAACAAGUUUAAAAAAGAAAAGAUGAUAUUGGUCUUUUUGAAAGUCAGCCAUAUAGAAGUCACUUGAAACGUUUUGGCUUCAUUAAUGAACAAAUUUCUUUACCUCUAAGUCCAGAACACUCACUGAUGUUUGUGAGGAAGUUUACAUGCAAAGUAAGGAAAGACUGGUUGCCUUAGUUCUUGUUCUAAGUAAGGUAUAUUUUUGUUUUGUAGCUUUCUAGAUUUUUAUCAGUAAAUAUUAUUUAUACAGAUACACAAAUUGGAUUGGGGGAGGAAAUCAGUUCUGCUGGUUAACAGCUGGUUACUUAAAAUUACCCCCAAAAUCCCAUCGUGUGGAAUUUUUUUAUUUAUAAUGCAAUAAUUUGCCCAUCAAGACCAGAAAUUUGAGUAGGCCACUCCAUACUUUUUACUUGUUGCUGUAUAGCUGCCUCAGUGAAUUUGUUUUUAAAAACAAAACGUGAUUUGUUUUUGACAUGAACCUGUUUGUUCUGUUAACAUUGGAGGGGAGUAAAUCUCUAACCUAUGCACUAAUAAAUUUAUCUAAGCAAGUAUCUUGUGGCUAUUUUUAUAUUCAUUAUGCUAUUGUGACCUUUGUGAAUAUUUCCAGUAAGUGUUUGAGGAAGGCUGGUUUGUUUUUGCAAGGACAUGUCAAACAGUCAAUAUCUGCAUCUUAAGAGUAAAGGCUUAAGAGUGUAUUUCCUGAAAUUUUUCACCAAAAAAAGGUGAAGAGAUGAUUAAAGUAAGUGUAGAAAUAACUAUGGAGAUAUUAGUGGAAUUUAUUAAUUGUAAACUAUGUGCAUGGAAUUUUGCUUUAAUAUUAAAUUUUUUAAAUAUGGGUAUUAUUUAUUCAAAUAAAGCUGUUCACGUCCUCUCAAAAAUUGCUCAUAGAAGUGCAUCUUUCACAGUGCAGAAUUAACAUGCCUUCCUAUUACCUGCCUAGCCCAGAACUGCAAAUUCUGGAACAGGUUCAGGGUUCUGAUGUAUGGGUGGUAACUGGAAUAAUUCCCCCUGUACUGAUGUUUCAGCUUGGAUUGCCACCCUCAGUUUCUUGCCAGUGCAGCGCUGAGCAGCGUCACCCAAGUGGUGAUGCUGUACCUGCCCCCCAUGGUACCUGCCCCCCUGUGGUACCCUGGCUGCUCCCAGCUGCAGCCAGGGAUCUGCAGCUCUGCACACUGGGCUCCAGCAGCAGUGAACAGGAGCAAGCAGCCUGCUGACACCAGUCUUUCCCAUGGUCAGCACUCUAGCAAAUGCAAUACAAGUGUCACUAUAAUGUUGUGUAAGGUUGGUUAUGUUUUUGUGUGUGAGCUUUUUUGGAGAACUUUGAGGAAAGAAUGGCUGAAGUCUUGUUUGCUUUGAUAUGACUCAGUGCUAUCUUUGUACAGAAAUGAAUGGUCAUUACUUUUUGUAAGGCUCUAAAGCUGAUGAGGAUGUACAUGCAGAGCUAAUAACAAAGCACUUAGAAGUUGGGAAUUGGCCAACUUAUGACUAACUGUAAGAUAGCUGAGCAGUUAUGCUUAAUUUGAUAUUUCUUUGUCAUUGGGAAAAUUGGAUAAAACUGGGGAUGUUUUUUACAUUAGCAAUUAAUAAGGCAAACCAAGAAGGUAAAAUCUCAGCAUAGGGGAAAUGUUAAGUGGCUGUUCUUACAAAAAUCUGUACCACCAAAAUGCUCGGGAUUGUGAGGGUAUCUCUGCUGUUUCUCACAGUGGUGGAAAAAAACCACCACCAAAUCUGAAUAUUAAUGAAUUCAAUAGAACGAACUAAAGCUUUUUCAGCAAUUAAAUAUUUUUUCUGCU